AUUCCAACCUUUCCAUGUAGGGAAGCUCUUGCACUUCAUGGACUGUCCAUGCAAUUGUUGCAACUUUGGGAAUCUCUUCAUUAACCUCCAAGAUGUUCAUAGGCAGGCUCAAAGGAACAGCUUCUCUCUUCUGAGCUUUUGGCCCCCUGCUUUGCAGCUUCAGAUUAAGCCGGUAAAAGGGGAUUGAGCAGAAUCCAAGCUGCACGUGCUCCCAUCAUAGUGAAAUAUAGAGGGAAAUCUCCUGACAGAUCCUGACAACAGGAGCCACAGCAGUGAGAAAACAAGGAGCCGCAGCAGCGAGAAAACAAACACAUGCUGUCUGGGACUUCAGGGGUUUUGUAUGUUCAGCCAAUUGAGAUUUAUCAGCCCUCUUUUCACUGUAAUUCACAGGGACAUGGGAAUGUUUCGGUUACACCCGCACUGCUAGGCAGCAAACGCUGUGUGACUCUGGGAGCCGGGGCAGUUCCUGCUCGUAGCUGUGACUACACAAGCGUGGGGUGAAGCAGCCUGUCUGUGCUCUGCCAGAGCCUACAAUUAAGCCUCUCAAGCCUGUUUAAAUGAUACCAAGGCACGGCUCCAGUGAGAGGUCUCUCCCUUUCGCUAACCUAAUUUACGCUUGCUGUUGAUCACUUAAUGUCCCCUGUUCGAGCAUUUCACUCAGGCAGAAGAAAGGUCAACAGGGAGAGCAGAGUUCUUGGCUUGCACAUCUGUGAAGCCAGGCUCUUUAGGAAGUGUCUGACACUUGUAGAUCUCUACAGUGCCUGGUGAAGGACGUCAGUAUUUUAGCUGUGGAGUAGGUCAGUAUUUCUAAGCUGUCUGUGGCAGAUCCUCUUAUUUAUGGAAGCAUGUGGACAGCCAGUGACAGAGAGGGACCCAGACUUCAUGAGUGCCUUCAUGAAGUACAUUUCAGAGCCUGUGAAGAUGACUGAUGCUGGUGGGGCACAGGCCAGGCUGCACAUGAAGGGAUAUUGGGGGGGGUGGGUUCUGGUUGGUUGGGUUUGUUUUUGUUGUUUUCUUUUUUUUUUUUGAAGAGUCUAGUCAGCAGGGAAAAGGGCCAGAAAAACACCUCGCUGAGAAAAGCCUCCAAAUCCCAUAUCCGCUUGAAGCUGCAGAAAGAAUGAAGUGACCUUGGAUGACCACGUGCAGAAGGAAGACUGCAAUAUUCCAGCUGUUAAAUCGAGUGAUUGUGGAUUUUGAUUCUUUGCUGAAAGGCAGUGAUACCUCCUUGCAGUAAUAGCAUGAGCCAGAGCCCGGGCAGCAGGCGAGCGUAGAUGAAAAAUGGAGAAGCUAAAACACAGACGACCGACGUCUUGGCUAAUUGUCAUCCAUCGAGCCCAUCUGCAGAAGCCAAAAUAAACCAAAGUUCCCCAAACGCCAGACCAGCGCACUAACCGCAAGGUUGAAGAGCCACUUUUUGUCAAGGUGCUGCUCCCUGUAACGCUGCGCUCCAGAUACAGAGCGGGUGGAUUUGUUGUCGGCAGAGUCCAUGGUGCCGCCUCCCAUCGCUGGCUCUGUGUGAAGGUGGUGAGAGAAGAGAGAAUCGGGCUCAUUAUCGCCGCUGCACCUCUCACAAGGGGAUCUCAAACCACUUUAAAAUGAGAAAAUUAGUUUGCUUUGCAACAGCGGGGGAGAAGAAAAAACCAGCAAAGGUCAAGACUGUUUUCCAGAAAAGGAUUCGGUGACUUUUUAGAGGGGUCGGUGCCUGCCCUUCCCUUUGCGGUCAGCCGAGACCCGGGCGCUCAGCCCUGGGAGGGCCCAGCUCAUCAGCCACGUGACCAGAUUCCAGUAUUACUAUUAAAAGCUCAAAAACCCAGAGUCAGCUCCUCCCCCGAGUCUAAAGAUCCAAAACAAAAAACCGUCACGUUUCUCUGCUUGCUGUCUGGAUUUUUGAACUUCUGUUCUUCAUAUUUUCAACCACAAAAAUCUAGAAACCUCACGUUUUAAUGGAAGGGGAGGCUUGUAAUCUGAUAACAUAACCCCAGGGGCUGUGUGUAAAACAACAAGGCUUGUAAGAACCGGCCACUCCAAAAGCUACAAAGCACAUCCAGAGCAAAACUGGGAAUGAAAUGUGACCCCUGUUCUCUGGACACACUCUUCAUGAAACGUUUAUCUCUUUCUUUUUUUUUUUUUUUUAACUUGCUGGCGUCUUUCGAACUGCCACAGCCCUGCCUGUCCCUUCUUCAUGGGAAGGGUGAAGGACGUUUUGGUGGGAAAGAAACCCCUGAUGAAGUCUUCGUCUGGAUGGCUGUAGCAGGUCUGGCAGAGAUGCUACAAAGAACGAUCUCAGCACACAAAGAAAAUAACAAUUUGGACUGGAGGUCACAAGUGAACCUUGAUUGCAUUUGGGAACUGGUUUGAUGUUUGGGCUCAGUCGGACCUGGAAACCUGCUCCUGAUGUGUUUUAAUCACAGGCUUGACAGGCGGAAGCAAAAUGAGCAGCAGUUCAAGUGACUCAAGCAAGAUCACCUUGCGGCCUGGUGCUGCUUUCCGAUCGGUGCCGAUCCUGGCAUCGAAGGCAAGCGCGGUGAUGCUGGAGCUGGUCCCGCCUGCAGCCCCCGGAGAGCCCUUCGCACGGGCGACGCGCGGCCGCGGUGACCGAUCCCCCCGACCAAGCGGAGUACGUACGCUCGCCGCAGCCAGCAGCAGCUCCUGACCGAAUACCGGUACAGUCAGAGCUCCCAGAGAACUGGACAGAUACCCGUGAGACGCUGCUGGAAGGGAUGCUCUUCAGCCUCAAGUACAUGGGCAUGACGCUGGUGGAGCAGCCCAAGGGAGAGGAGCUCUCCGCAGCUGCCGUCAAAAGGAUCGUUGCUACCGCGAAAGCAAGUGGAAAGAAACUGCAGAAAGUGACUCUGAAAGUCUCACCCAGAGGGAUCGUGUUGAACGACAGUAGAACGAAUGAGCUGAUCGAGAACGUCUCCAUAUACAGGAUAUCCUACUGCACGGCAGACAAGAUCCACGAUAAAGUGUUUGCCUACAUUGCCCAGAACCAGCUCAAUGAGAACCUGGAGUGCCAUGCCUUCCUCUGUACCAAACGGAAAAUGGCGCAAGCGGUCACGCUCACCGUAGCCCAGGCUUUCAAAAUCGCAUUUGAGUUCUGGCAAGCGGCUAAGGAAGAAAAGGAGAAGCGGGAAAGGUCCAUCUUGGAAGGAGAAGGGACGAGCAGCCCCAGCUCGGAAGCCCCUGCCCACCCCGAUGCAUCAGCAGCCACGGGGAACUUGCUGGAUUUCGAAGAUCCUGCCAAAUCGCCCCUGACCAGCAGCACAAACUCCCCACACUUAGAUAACAGCGUGUUUGGGCCCAGCUCCUCUGUAAAUAACAACGUGGUGUGGGAAAUGGAUGAUGGUCUCGACGAAGCAUUUUCAAGUCCAAACCAAGAGCUUCCGUGCAUGUGCACACCGAGCAAUCCAGCAAUGUUUAACAAAGCCGUUUUCUUUCAGACUGGCUCAGUCGAGAACAAACCCUCACGUCCUCGACACGGGACUGACGGCUCAAGACAUCCAGAGCGCAGAAACGCUCUCGCCUGUAGACUGGAACAAAAUAGAUUCCAACACAGGCGAGAAAGAUGAUCUGUUCAUGUUUUGAGGUCGGAUGCAUCUAACAGCUGACGAGAGAAUAACCACUAAAAGUCUAUGGACUGACUCACGCUGUUCCGGGUGCUGUACGCGAGGGACUCUUCUGAGGGCUCUUCACCAAGUCAGCUGACGUUACAGCACAGUUUAGACCAAAGCUUUAGAAAUCUAAUGCAGAUUUUUGUACCUUGCUUUUAUCUACACCACGAGAUGCUCCUCGACGUAUUUAUUCGUAGCCAUUACAGUUUACAUAUAUUAUCAGAAGGUGUGUAGAGCAUCUACAGUAUUAGGUGGCAAUAUACCAUGGAAGAACCUUCAGCAGUGCCUGUUCCUCUCUGAAAAAGACUAUGCAACACCAAAGUCUCUCUGUAUAUACUUCCCUAGACAAAGGUCUGCAGACGCAAAUGCAAUUGCAAGCACAACUGUUACUAAUCCACUGUUUUGUGAACAACACAUCACCUGCCUAGGCGGAGGGGAGGAGAUCUGCAGCAGCUGCUAACAGUGUUAAAAUCAAAGAGGUAGCAGAGAUCUUGCUUUUGUUGCGAAUGUCUGUGAUACUCUCACAGUCGUCAAUCACCCCUACGAGUUCUGGCUGUUUCUUCGCCAGCUUCGUAUGGGAAUUGACACUUUUUUACCCAAAGACUCUAUGAAGUUUUGCACUUUAAAACUUGAACUGAAAGCAAUGGUCCUAAUUGUCAAGGUAAGCAGUGCCUGUAACUUCUCUUCAGAAGCUAUUUACCCAAAAAAACCCCAACCUGGCAAUGCUGCAGGUCUGUUUCAAAACUGACUACUCACACACACAGUUUCUGAUGUGACUCAAAAUCCUAAGGCUCCGUUGAACUGUUGGCUUUAAAAGGAAAACCACCAGGGAGUAACAAUUUGUUUUGCUAAAGCGUGUUGAAAGUUGCAGGUUGGGUGAACCCAGUAGCACAAUAGAUCUAUGUUCUUAGCUCUGCUAAGUGGAUUUGGCUGUGCAUGCCUUUUUACUGUCUCAAAACCGUUUGGUUGUUGCUCACUCAAUAGACUCAAAUGGAAUUGGAUUAGGCAAGACCGAUACCUGGAUGUUCAAUUAGCAAGAGGUGCCCCUUCCAGUGGUACUCCGAUCCCCUUCCCCCCGACAGCCGGUCUCCCGUGAGGCUUGGGAAGCUGUCUUCAUCUGCUCCUGGAAUUGAAAAUAAGUAAUGGAGGUAUAAAGCUUAUGCUAAUUAAAAGAUUAAGUUUAAUGACCCUAAAUAGUCACACUGACAGUUUGCAGUGUUUGUGGCCUUAUGUGAAGUAUACUAAUCUGUUUUAUAGAUUUGUAACUUGGUUUUGAAACACUAAUUCAUUCCCCAGAUAGCUCUUUAUAACUCUCUUAAAACUGCUUGCAGGAAAAAAAAAAAGAAAAACCUCUUUGUCAGCUCUAAGAAUUUAUUAGGAAGCAGCUGAGUGACUCUAACUUAGAUUUGAUUUUUUUCCCUAAGUGUUGUUGUGAUAAGGUAUCAAGGACUUGCGAAGCUGACUCAUCAUGUCUCUUAAUAAAAUGUGUGCUCUGUUUAUCCUGCAAAAUUGUGUUUAAGGCAAUUUUACGUCUUGAAACUACUGUGCCCAUGACUUAUUUGAUCUUAUGUGUAGCAUCAGUCUCGCGAUUGAAGGAAUUAUUCAAAGUUUGUCAGUGCUACAGAGGCACACGGUAGAGGCAUGAACCUAUUGCAUAAGCAACGCCAAAACUGCGCAGAAGUGGUUGUAGCAAGCGCCUUGUCCCGCACCCCGGGGAGUGGUGAUGUUCCUAGGAAAGAGCUUGGGCUGCAGGAAUGGACCAUGAGGAUUUAUUUCUCUUUCUCCUUUUCUAGAGACUCUAGGAGCAUAUACCGAAAUGCACAAUACUAUAUAUGUAUGUAUAUAGUUUUUUAAGAAAACCUUCUGCUGUAAAGGAUGUCUGUACUGAGGAAAAUAAAAGUUCUACCAUUUUUUGGA